AUGCCCAAGGACAAGCGAUCGUGGAAGUACCGGGUUUGGCGGUUGGUGGUAUCUACACCCUUUGAAUACUACAUCAUGGUCAUGAUCGCCCUCAACACGCUCAUACUCAUGAUGAAGGUAAACUGUUAACUGCAUCGAAGUAAAUGUUGAGAAAACCGGCAAAAAUCCUAGAUCAUUUGCUUUCUUCGGCAGCUAACAUCAAAUCGAUACGACUGUCAAUGCCUCAUAGGCAUCAGAACAGUUCAGCAAGAGUGUAUUGAUUCAAAUGCUUUUAUUCAUGCUGAAAAUGGCCCGAAAAUAUGUAUUUGAAGCUCCAGAUGGCAUAUAAGUACUUGUUCUGGCCAGCCCUAAACUAGGUCCUGAAACGUAUUUUUAAUUUCCAACUUUCAAAGCAUUAUCUCGGGGAUACCUCUCUCGUGGGCAUCAAACUAUUCAUCUGUGUAGAAACAAACCAGAAAACAGAUGAAAGGUGAUGCGAUAUGAAGUCGAAAUUUUAUCAACGCAAGGCAUAAGUGCAAGCAAAAACGAUAGUCUGCUCUUCAUAAAGGGUCCCUUUAUGUUAGCACAUCUUAGCGCAUUAAAUUGCCUCAGGCUAUAUUAUCUUAGUAUGCAACGGUUCUUUUCUGAAUUAUCAUCAAUAAGGAAAACUACAGCCUCAUAAAAACAUACUGGGUUCCGAUACAAGCGAAGAUGCGAGUUCCAGGAACUAAUUGAUCAGAAGGAGAAGCGAUCACUGGAACAAGGUCUUUAUUCGCCUGACGUUUCGGAUUCUCACUUGAAUCCAUCAUCGGAGACAGUAGCAGAAAAGGGUACUACUGUCUGCUACUAUCUCGGAUGAUGGAUUCAAGCGAGAAUCCGAAACGUCAGGUGAAUAAAGACCUUGUUCCAGUGAUCGCUUCUUCUUCUUCUUCUUCUGAUAUUGGGUUCCGCAGGAUUACAGGGAUAGUGAACUUCUGGAGUCUCAGGAACCGAAACGUCUUCGUUUUUUCCAAUACGAACUGAAAAUCGGAUUUAAACAGUGAUGGUACUGAAUAUACGUAAAGGGACCACCGAAAUGCCUUCUGUUUACGCCUUUAGAGAAAUUAGCUAGCGGAAGUCCACGUCAAGUUUGGCAGACGUGGGAAUUGACUUGGGACGUUGGGUGGUGUCAGUGCGACCAUCAUUAGCCAGUUGGUUAUUUUUACGCGCUAUCAAUACGCAAACUCCUCCCGCCCUUCCUGUCUCUACAAUGAAAGAUUCCCUGCAACGAUGGGCAACAUGACCAAUGUAUUGUACUGAUUGUUUUGAUGGGAUUUCUGCGGGGUACUAAACUUGGUAAGGACGAAGCGGAUUGCGACCCCGCAUUAUAUCUUUUUCCGUGUCUACUGCUAUCCAGUUAUGGAGAUAGCUGGCCAUGAGAUAACUACAGGACAUGCGAGUGCUGUAUGGAUAAUCUAGAUUGAAAUUACUUAAAUACACGCUAUACCGAUGGUAAGAUUUUUGAGGUCAGCAAGGUUUCGCAAGUUCAUUGAAACCCCCUGUCCGUCGCUGCACGACACGAACAAGGUUAGGACAUCCGCUAACCUUUUGAUAGUUUAGGCAGCCAAGGUUUCGAACAUGAACAAAAUAACAAUGGAUGGAGUUUGGAAACACUCGAUCCAGAAAUUCAGCGGCAGCAACGGCUUUAUCACGUGAAUCAGUCGUUUCCAUAGGUCAGGUUUGUUCCCCGACUGCGCCAUCUCCAAUUGGCGCAGCGCCGGUGCCACAACAGUGUAAAUACCAAAUAAUAUGCUCGUAUGAGGUCGUACAAAUUUCCUUUAUAACGCACGUGUUUCGUAAUAGAAGAAAGGGACAUUGAAAUUCUGACUGUUUUGGCGAAGUGCCUUACAUGCUCCCGCGAUUCGCCUUUUUCGAAGGACAUGCACGAACGGGAAAAAUAUUCCCGAUUUAGUUGGUAUAAUUAAGGCUCGACUAAAUUCAUAUUUUUUAAAAUUUUUUCGUGACCGUUUUGGGGAAUUUACCUUUUAGCAUCUUGAUGGUCUAAAAAUGGUUUUAACUUCCACGUAAAUCUGUUAAAGGCAUGCAGUAGUUUACAAGGGCCAAAAAGUUGCCUUUUGGGUUAACACUUCAGCAUGUGCUUUAUCAAUUUUUACCACCGCAAUCUGAAUCUUCCCUGGAUACGUUUCUUAAAAUAUUUAACAACAAAAAUUAAGCUUGGAAUUUCGACAGCCGGAUAUACUUUUCGACUUAUCAUUGUACACUUCAGCUCUUUCUGUUCCCCACUUCGUAAUUCUCCCAUACUAUUUGUUCCACAGAUAAAUCUGUCAAGUAUUUGCAACAGAGUCAGCAUAGGUUUCGGGUUGAAGAUAAACUUUAAAUGCCAUAAAGCAUAAAUAUUAUGGCUGUUCUUCCCUGAAUUUAUCUGUAGAACUAUUCACUUAUAACAGUGGCUUGCUAAUAGGCACAAGUACUUAGUCGAAAUAGUACUGUUUCUAUCUCUUAGAUCGUUUGAUUUAGUUGCAAGGGCCGACCACAACGGAUUUUAGUGCCAUUAAAAAGACCUAGGUUCACAGACAUAUAAGGUAGAAGGCAUUUAUAGUAUAAAAAGACCAGUUCUUCACGCUGAAAUAUACCCAACCGUUUCCCUUUUGACUGAGACGUAAAAAUACUUAUUACUCGAUGAGAACAUGUGCUUGCUAACAGUAUGUUGGGCGUAUAUGUAUUUUCUAUGAUUUAAACAUCAACUGAUCCUGUUUUUGGAUGUUAGCGACUGCUGUUCCAACUGAAUUCAGAUUGUACCAGCUGAAUCGAAGUUACCAGACACUCUAAGAGUGUAGGCAUCACCAAACCCUUCUCGGGCAUUGGAAAUGGACAUUCUGUUCCUUAAAAUUAAAACCUGCUCUCCCUUAAUUCCAAUGACCAAAUUUUAACUGAUUGGGUUACAAAUAAAUAAACGACACUCCUUUGGUCACGCUUAGCCUUGUUUGGUCCAGUAACGUCAGUAUUUAUGCGCGAAUUAAGUUCCUUUGAGUACGGUGGUAUUGGGCGUUCAAACCUAAUACUCAAAACAAAAACUAUUCCGGCGUAACACAUGGUAACUUCUCACAUAGGAAUGCAAACUGCGUCUAGUAAAAAGUUUAAUGGCCUAAUACUCAAGCGCGUAAACAAUGAGAAUUUGCACUUUAGUUGCAGCGAGGUAGACGAGGAAGAAAUAUUUAAAGCGUGCCUUGACAAUUACCUUAGGAUGAGAUGUCAAUCUUUGCCUGGGUAUAAGUUGCAUCAAUUUUCAUGGUAUUUACUCUUAUUACGGACCUAACCAUUUAAUCCGUUUUCGGCAAUUUGAUAUUUUUUAUUGGAAAAUUGCUAUUUUAAUGUCUAAAUGUUAUAAGAUGGGUGCUUUGCAAGAGCAGUCAGUCAAGACGGAUUAUCGUUCAUAUUUCGACCCGCAAAUUAUAUAUUGAUUCCAGAGGAAUGAUAUUCAUAUGUGCAGUCUUUGCGCAACCAAUGUCGAAAACACUUUUAAAAACCGGCCUACUACAGUUGUAUAGUCAAAUAUGGCGAUCAGGACCGGAUGUUAAGAAUGCAUUUCGGAUUGGACUUUUACCACCUAUACUACAUGCCGAAUUAGAGCACCCGGAACUUUAGCAGACAAGGCAACAAAGUCGUUGGGUCCAUCUUAGUAAGAUGUGGAUGAAAAAUUUGAUAAAUAAAAACAGGAGGUCCGUUCGUUUACACUUCCGAGCAGUCAACAAUACGUAGGAUUAUAACAAAAACCGCAUGAGACGACUUACGGGUGUCCUCGGAGAAAGAUAAACAGUAAGGAUCACACUGAAUCGCUCACUUUUCGGAAAACAAACUUGUUUUCGUUUUAAAGGUAGUCGCUUGUCAGAAGGGCACUCUUUCACCAACGUCCACGUACGGCUACAAUAAAACUGAGGUUUUGCAAAAAGAAUUUCACCUAAAAACACCCCAAUUCCAAAAUAACAUCGAAAGGGUCCUUCUUCAGUUUUUUUCAGCAUUUACAUCACUAUUCGUCAAGUGACUAAUUUGUACCAAAACUCACCUAACGAUGAGCAUUUACUCACUGCAGCGCUGGCCGGAAUCGCUCAUUGAAGUUGUCUUUUUGUAAUAUUCGUCCCAUGAUUUCAGUAUCAUCGACAAGAGAGGCGGACUUCUAUGGCAACCACUAUUGACACUGCGCAGCAGAACUACCACAACUACUGUAAUACGCUGAUCUUCUUGAACUCCGCUUUUACCGUGAUGUUCUCUGUUGAAUGUGUGCUAAAGAUCAUGGCCUUUGGGCCCAAGGUAAGCAGACUUUUCUAUCACAAUACGCAAAGACACAAAAGGUCCAUUAAGAAUCCGACUACCAACCGAAUAUCCUUUGUUAUCCUGACGUUUUUAUAAUGAAUGGCUAGGCCUUUUGAACCCUUCUCUAAACUGUCAUCGGAUAAGUAUAGUUUGGUCAGCGCACAACAGAUUACUAGUGUAGGUCAUUGAUCCACUUGGUUAAUGGGCCAAUCAAAUAGCAAGUAUAUUUUAAAAUUGGAGACUGUUAUUGGUGUGAAAGACUACACAGGUUUCGUUGACCCUUCGUGGUAUUACGGCUGCACUGCAUAAUUGGUGUGAAUGGUUAAUGCAGUUCAUUUAAUCAGGAACUGUGGCCUUUAGCGGGAUUUUAAUUUUUUAUUUGCAGUUCGGUAAGCUUACUCACAAACUGCUAACGUCAGCCAGAUUUCCUGUUGUUUUGUUUUGUUAUCAUAGAUGACUCAUUUUUCAGUAAGCUGCCGGUUUCAAAAAUGCUAAGUUAUGAAGACCGAAAACAAACCCCUUAAGAUGGAUAUAAACAAUAAAUUGCACGAAUAACCAAGUAAAGACUUUAUGCCAGCGAGAUUAUAAAGGGCUGAUUCACGGUGUUAAAAAAUUUGUCUUCGAGAAAAGUCAAAAUUAUUUCAAAAAAGUUCAUCAAGGCUAAAUUAUUAGUAGUAAUUUGGAUAUAUGAUCAAGGAAGGCUGUCUAUAAUUGAAACAUCUUCUCUUAGCAUUUCUUGCCUAGCCUAUAUAUGCGCCUAUCAUAAGCAUAGUCGAAUUAUCAAUUCAUAAUCCCAAAACAUACAAUAAGACCUUGGCAAUCUUAAUAUGAAGUCACUACACGCUUCAACCAUCGGCAAAGUUAUACAAAGAUUCAUUUGCCAAAGGAUUUUAGGAUUUUAUGUAUCUCUAGAUUUUAGAAAUCAUAUAGAAGAUUUUCGACCUGGCGACCAUUACCAGCCACACAGGUCUGUCUCAAAACGGGUCAUGCUGCGACCUUAGCCUUAACGCAGUUGUUUAAUGCGUUCAAUGUUCAGUAACUUUAGUUCUAGAGCAUCCUCCUGUUUGCAAACAUAAAUGCUUUGAGUCCGUAAGGGUGGUGUGUACCUAUAUUCCUGGUAACAGAAUCAAAUACGGGGAUUCUGUUAUGCUUUCGAACGGCUGUAAGAAUAUGUUUACGAAAUCUUCCUCCCACCUUUCUGCAAUUCACUGGUCGCUUUAUAAGGUUCCUAUUUAUUCUUAUUGUGUGAAGUAUGCAUAGCACUUUCUAAAGGUAUUAACCUAUUUGAAAUUAAAAAUAUCACUCAAGUUCUCAGGUUUACGGCUAAAAUAGGGAUUUUAUCAAUAAGUGUUCACGAUCUCGUACACAAUGCUUAAAUUAAUCUCUUGAAUUGUCAUUCGCCAAUAAUUUCCCCAAUCAUUGAUUACUAUUUUAGAAUUAUUUUCGCGAUCGCUGGAAUAUUUUUGACUUCAUUACGGUCAUCGGAAGCAUCACGGAUGUUCUCGUCUCAGAACUGCAGGUGUGAGGUUGACCUUGCUGCACUUUGUGGUGAAAUAUUUGACCCAUUGCCUUUAAAACACAAAGUUUUUAUCAUAAAAGGAAUGGCUUGGGACGAUUCGUAUUCGUGGCACAUAAAUUGACUUUUCAAGGUAAUAUUUCCACAAUAAAAUGCACUUGCCAGACGAUACACUUAACUAUCUUUCGUUAAUGUAUCAUAGUAUGCGACAGGAUUUCAUGAAGCGAACAUCUGACCAACAUUUACUACGGUUCAAAAAGAAUUUUUUUGGGAAAAGUACCAAUCUAGUGGUCCUGUGUCAUGGCCGAAGAUGAGUCAUGUAAUAAAUGACGGAGUUUUUACUUGGAAGCGACCCUUUUCAAAUUUAAGACACAAAGCGUCACAGGUAGCUAAGUGCUGAAUUUGAACUUUGUUUCGUAUGCAAAAACUGUGGUUUGCCACCAAAUCCUUUUCGAUCUUCGCAUAGUGGAUUAUUUUACUAACACAUUCCAAAUACCUUUGUAACAGUAUCCUAGGCGAGAAGGCAUGCUUAAUGUCCCGGUGUUAAUCGGUCUUAAAGCCCAAUUUUAAAUUUUGUCUAUUAUCGAAAUUGUCAACGCUGCGCUACAAAAAGAGAGGUAAUAACAGCCAUAGCAACUACACCACGCAGAACUAAGUUGCACUCCAAACAUUACAGGCGAGGUGACAGAAGCCAAAACCUGUUGUGAUGAGACGAAUGUGGUCUCAUAGGUUUUUCCAUUUGCCAGGUCUGUCGUACUUCUUGUUUUUCAGGUAAAAUCGCAAUAA